GCAGGACAGGCAAUCGAAUCUAAAGGCGCUCAGCCAGCGACGGAUACGGACGAGGAAGGUGCAGGUGAUGUCGUGGAGUGUGGGUUUAGGCGGCAGGAUGAUAAUUGCCAAGCUCCUCCUUCCCUUCCUUAUUCUCCACUCUUUCUCAGAGGACAGCUCCAACCAGCCACCACGCUUCCUGAACUACUUCUUCUCAACCUACCUACUCAUCUAUGAAGAUACGCCCGUCGGAUCAUCAGUGGCCCAGCUGAAGGCAAAUGAUCCUGAGGGGGAACCUCUCAUGUAUGGUGUUUCAGGAGAAGAGGCCAUGAGGUAUUUUUCCGUGAACAAAGACUCUGGUGUGGUCUGGCUUCGUCAGCAGCUCGACCGUGAGACCAAGUCAGAGAUGCAGGUCGAAUUCUACGUGAGUGACAUCCAAGAGGUGGUCAAAGACACAGUAAAUAUCCAGAUUGGAGACGUGAACGAUAAUGCGCCGGUCUUCCAUGGGCAGCCUUACACCGUCCACAUCCCAGAGAACACACCAGUGGGCAGAUCAGUGUUCAUGGUGAACGCCACAGAUCCAGACCAGGGUACUGGAGGCAGCGUUCUCUUCUCCUUCCAGCCUUCUUCUCCAUUCUUUUCCAUCGAUGGGGCCCGAGGCACCGUCACCAUCAUCAAACCCCUCGACUACGAGAUGACCUCAGCUUACCAGCUCACCGUCAACGCCACGGAUCAAGACAAAGCGAGACCUCUAUCGCGGCUUGCCAACUUAGCUAUCACCAUCACUGAUGUCCAGGACAUGGACCCCAUUUUCACCAAUUUGCCCUACAGUACCAACAUAGAAGAGGACGUUCCCCUGGGAUCCGUAGUGCGGAAGAUAACAGCCAUUGACCAGGAUCUUGGCCGACCGAGAGGCAUCGGCUACACCAUCAUCGCAGGGAACACCAACAGCGUUUUUGCCCUGGACUACAUCAGCGGCUCCCUGACAGUGCAUGGCCAGCUGGACAGAGAAAACCCACUCUACUCAGCAGGAUUCACUCUCACUGUCAAGGCCACAGAGUUGAAAGAGGACCGUAGUCCAUCAGACGCAACAGUGAUGACCACCUUUACCAUCCUGCUAAUUGACAAGAACGACAACGCCCCAAACUUCAACAGUUCUGAGUAUCGGCUCCACAUCACCGAGCUGGCCCAGGUGGGCUUUGCCCUUCCCCUCUUCAUCCAGGCCGAAGACAAGGACGAGGGGGUGAACAGCAUGUUCCAGGUGUUUCUGACAGGAAACAAUUCAGAGUACUUCACCAUCUCCCCCACGGCAGUACAGGGGCGUGCCGACAUCAGAAUGAGGGUGGCCGUGCCACUGGACUUUGAAAACAUUCGCAGCUACAGCUUCUCACUUUAUGCUAAUGAGUCCAUGUCCGACCAUGUGGGUUUUGCUCGUGUCUUUAUUGAGCUAAUCAAUGAGAACGACAACCGGCCCAUCUUCAGCAAGCCGCUGUACAACAUCAGCCUUCCUGAAAACACCCCCCCUGGCACCUCACUGCUCCGUAUCCUGGCUACAGACGGAGAUGCAGGCACAUUUGGGAUUGUGCGUUACUACUUCAGUGAUGAGCCAGACCAGUUUUCAUUGGACGAUGAGACGGGCUGGGUCAUUCUGCGGGCCAGUCUGGAUUAUGAGUUGAUGCGGCGCUUCACGCUGACCGUGUUGGCGAGGGACGGCGGUGGGGAGGAGACAACAGGGAGGAUCCGUCUCAAUGUGUUGGAUAUCAACGACAACGUGCCGCUCUUCCAGAAGGAGACGUACGUGGGCUCGCUAAGAGAGAACGAACAGGCCGUCCAGCCGGUGGCACGAGUCAGGGCUACAGAUGAGGAUUCUCCACCCAACAACUUCCUGACAUACACCAUCACUUCAGCCUCGGCCUUCCUCCAUUAUUUCAGCAUCAUCAUGGUGGAGGGCUACGCAGUGAUCAGUGUGGCCAGGCCUCUGGACUAUGAGCAAGUUCCCAAUGGGAUCGUCUAUUUGACAGUGAUGGCUAAAGAUGGGGGAAACCCAGCCCUCAACAGCACCGUCCCUGUCACAGUGGAGGUGAUUGAUGAAAAUGACAACCCACCGGAGUUCAGCAAGCCGUCCUACAUCGUCAAAAUCCCAGAGAACAUUAUUGCCGGGGCGACAGUGCUGCUUGUGAAUGCUACUGAUUUGGACGCCUCGCGGGAGUUUGGUCAGGCCUCACUCAUCUACUCCCUGGAGGGCUCCUCUCAGUUCCGUCUCAACUCGCGCUCAGGAGAGAUCACCACCACAGCUCUGCUGGACCGAGAGCUGAAGUCAGAGUACAUCCUGAUCGUCAGAGCUGUGGAUGGAGGUGUGGGCCCUCAGCAGAAGACGGGCAUCGCUACGGUGAAUAUCACCAUCCUGGACAUCAAUGACAAUGCCCCUGUGUGGAGUGAAGAGCCAUACCAUACCAACGUAGUGGAGAUGAGUCCAAUCAACACGGAUGUUAUCUCUGUGUUGGCAGUUGACCCCGACAACGGGCAAAAUGGGACCGUGAGGUACAGUAUCAGUCCGGAAAACCCCUUCUACACUAUCAACAGCAGUACGGGGAAGAUCCGCACCAGUGGGGUAACUCUGGACAGGGAAAGCUCCAACCCCAGGGACACAGUACUCAUGAGGACUAUUAUCAUCUCAGCUGUUGACCGUGGUACACCUCCACUGCAUGCAUCAGCGAGCACCACUGUGAUUGUCAACCUGCUGGAUCUCAAUGACAACGACCCAACCUUCUUCAACCUGCCCUUUGUGGCUGAAGUGCCAGAGGGACUCCCCAUUGGAUCCUCAGUUUUUAGGGUCCAGGUGGAGGACCCAGAUGAGGAUAAGAACGGAUUGAUUACAAUGGCGUUACAGAUGGGAAUGCCUCAACUCGACUUCUACCUGAACACUUCCACUGGCGUUCUCACAUCCAUGGCAGUCCUUGACCGUGAGCAGAUUGGACAGUACCACUUGAGAAUUAUUGCAUUUGAUGCAGGAAGGUUCCCUCGCACCUCCACUUCAACCCUCACUGUCACAGUUCUGGAUGUAAAUGAUGAGACGCCCACCUUCAACCCUCGCGUGUACAAUGUUUCCCUGAAGGAGAGUGUCCCUAGAGACCACAUUGUAGCACGCCUCAGCUGCUCUGACAACGACGCUGGCCUCAACGCCGAACUUAGCUACUUCAUCACAGGUGGUAAUCAGGAUGGCAAGUUCAGCGUGGGCUUCAGAGAUGGAGUUGUUAGGACAGUGGUUGGCCUGGAUAGAGAGAACCAGGCAGCGUACACUCUGGUUGUAGAAGCUAUAGACAACGGUCCAGCGGGCAGCCGUAGGACAGGCACAGCCACUGUAUUUGUUGAGGUGCAGGAUGUUAACGACAACAGACCCAUCUUCCUACAGAACAGCUAUGAGACCAGCAUACUGGAGAGCGUGCCCCGAGGAACCAGCAUCCUCCAGGUUCAAGCUACGGAUGCAGACCAGGGCGAGAAUGGCAGCGUUCUGUACAGGAUCCUCACUGGUAACAACAAUCUGUUCAGCAUUGACAGACAGACGGGGCUGGUGACAAGAGGCCUGAGGGCGCUGGACAGAGAAACCAGCAGCUCCCAUGUGUUGGAAGUGGAGGCCUACAACAGUGACGAGGGCAGCAUGAGGAGCUCCGUGAGGGUGAUCAUAUAUGUGGAUGAUGCCAAUGAUGAGGCGCCCGUGUUCACCCAGCAACAAUACAACCGUCUGGGCCUGAGGGAGACCGCUGGUAUUGGCACCUCUGUGAUUGUGGUGCGUGCCACAGAUCCUGACACGGGUGAUGGUGGAGCUGUUGCUUACGCCCUCGUGUCCGGCUCGGACCGCAAGUUUGAAGUUGACGUGAGCACUGGCCUGGUAACCACUGUGGACUACCUGGACUACGAGACCAAAACCACCUAUCUGAUGAACGUCUCGACCACUGACCAGGCUCCACCUUUCCACAAAGGCUUCUGCACCGUCUACGUCACGCUGCUUAAUGAGUUGGACGAGGCCGUGGCCUUCUUCUCUGCCAGUUACGAGGCUUCGCUUCGUGAGAACAUCGCCACGGGGACCGAGGUGGUGCAGGUGCAGGCCCAGUCAGCCGACAACUUGAAUCAGUUGACUUACCGCUUCGACCCUGAUACGUCGCCUUCCGCUCUGGCCCUCUUCAAGAUAGACAGCGUCACGGGUCGUAUCACAGUGACGGGCCAGCUGGACAGAGAGAAGGGGGAUGUCUACACCUUGACUGUUGUAGCUGAUGAUGGAGGACCUAAAAAGGACUCCACUGUGAAGGUUUCAAUCACUAUUCUGGAUGAGAAUGACAACGGUCCAGAGUUCGACAUCACAUCUGAUACUUCAGUGGACAUCCCAGAGAACACACCCAUGGGGAGAAAAGUGGCAGUAGUGCUGGGAAGGGACAGAGAUGCUGGAUUAAACGGACUGGUCAAUUUCACUUUGGUAGCUGGCAACAUGGAGGACGUGUUCAAGAUCAAGACGGUGAACAACACCUAUGGGGAGGUUUUUGUCAAUGCUCCUCUGGACAGAGAGUCAGUAGACCGCUACCUACUGAAGGUGCGUGCCAUUGACGGGGGCUCACCUCCCAGACACACAGACCACUCUCUCACCAUCAACAUCCUGGACGUCAACGACAACGCACCUGUUAUUGAAAGCCAGAGGGGCUACAACGUCAGCAUAAGUGAGAAUGUUGGCGGAGGUACAUCAGUCCUCAGUGUGAUGGCUACCGACCAAGACAUGGGUCCCAACGCCAUGCUGUUUUAUUACAUCACUGCUGGAAACCAGGACCUGACCUUCCGCAUGGACCGCGUGACUGGAGACAUGGUGACACGGCCGGCCCCUCCCGACCGAGAGCGCCAGCAAGAAUACCGACUCACUGUCACUGUGGAAGAUGACGGCACGCCACCUCUGUCGACCUCAACCACCAUCAAUGUUCACAUUGUGGAUGAGAACGAUAAUGCCCCAGAGUUUCCGGAGGAGGAGUAUGUCACAGUGUUGAGCGAGGGGCCGGACACAGUGGGGGCCACCAUCGCCACGGUAACGGCCAUCGACCCAGAUGAGGGUCUGAACGGCACCUUGAGAUAUGCCAUCGCUCACGGGAACCUGAUCCAGACCUUUCAAAUAAACGGCAUCACGGGGAGGAUCACAGCAGUAAAGGAGCUGGACUACGAGAUCAGCAACGGACACUACGCGCUGGUUGUCACAGCAACGGACCAAUGUCCAAAUCCUGCUCUUCGCUUGACAUCUAGCACAACAGUGCUGGUAAAUGUCCUAGAUGUGAACGAUGUGACACCCACUUUCCCCAAAGACUAUGAGGGACCUUUCGAGGUGACUGAGGGUCAACCAGGACCUCGGGUGUGGACUCUCAGAGCCAGCGAUGAAGACUCUGGGCCCAACGGCAAAGUGGAGUACAGCAUCACCGAUGGAGAUCACCAGAAUGAGUUCAUGGUUUCUCCUGUGGAGGGCGAGCUUCGGGUGAGGAAGGAUGUAGAGCUGGACAGAGAGACAACAGCCUUCUAUAACAUCACUGUCACAGCCCGAGACCUGGGCACGCCAUCUCGCAACACCUCGGUGGUGGUGGGGAUCAAAGUCCGAGACAUCAACGACAACGACCCGGUCCUCCUGAACCUGCCUUACAACACCAGCGUGAGUGAAGGCGCUACCAUACACACCUCUGUGGCCAGAGUCCUGGCGCGAGAUGCAGACAGCGGACGGAAUGCACUGCUGACUUAUAACAUCACUGCUGGCAACCAGGAUGGAGCCUUCUACAUCAAUGACACGACAGGUGUGGUGCAGGUGAACAGACCCUUGGACAGAGAGCGAGUGGCAGAGUACAGGCUCACCAUCACUGUCAAAGACAACCCCGAGAACCCCCGCAUCGCUCGCAGGGAUUCAGACCUCUUGGUGAUCACCAUCCUCGAUGAGAAUGACAACAGGCCCAUUUUCACCAGGACCAGCUACAGGGCUGAGAUCACAGAGAACUCUGCAGCAGGCAGUACUGUAACAGUGUUGAAUGGGCCGGUCCUGGCUGAGGAUAGAGACACUGGACCCAAUGCUGCGGUGAAGUACCGCCUGUUGGGUGCCAGAGUGGACCUUUUUACAGUGGACGCCAAUUCUGGUGUGAUCCGUGUGCGUCAGGGGGCGCAGUUGGACCGUGAGGCGUUUCAGGAGCCUCGGGUAGAGCUGUUCCUAGUUGUGGAGGACAUAGGACGUUUAAAUAGCAGUGUCCCUCUCACAGUUACCAUCCUGGACCAGAAUGACAACCCUCCCGUCUUCAGCCCAUCCAGUUUCAGUGUUCGACUCCCUGAGAACAGCCCCACUGGUGUGGUGGUGACUCAGCUGUCUGCCACUGAUGCUGAUUCUGGCUCUAAUGGCUGGCUGAUGUAUCGGCUGGAGAGCGGUGCUCAGGACCGCUUCGUGGUCGACUCGAUCUCUGGCGCCGUCCUGGUGGGCAACUCCACCCUCGAUAGAGAAGAGCGCGGAUCCUACCGCCUGGUCGUCAUGGCAACCGAUCGAGGCACUCCCUCAAUGUCAGGCACAGCCACCCUGACGGUCAUCCUGGAUGAUGUGAAUGACUCCCGACCCCGUUUUAUAGAUCCUAUAACGAUGAUAAACGUCAAUGAGUCCACACCGCCGGGUGUGGUGGUUGCCACGCUGACCGCUGAGGACCCUGAUCUGCAUCCCCGGCUGGAGUAUUACAUCAUCUCAGUGGAGGCAAAGGAUGAUGGGAACCACCCAGUGGAUGGGCUGCAGGAGUCUUUUGGCAUUGAUUUACACACUGGUGCAGUGUUUGUGCGUAACCCGCUCAACAGAGAGCUGGUAGCUACAUUCGAGAUCAUUGUGUCUGUCCACGACAAUGCCAGUGAGAUUAUUGACAAUUCAGGAAGUGUUCCUAAUGCGAGACUAACCAUAAACGUGUUGGAUGUAAAUGACAACGCUCCUCGCUUCCGGCCCUUCGGAGUGUCCAACUUCACGGAGAAGAUUUUGGAAGGAGCUCAGCCGGGCACAACACUACUGUCAGUGUCAGCUGUAGACCCGGAUAAAGGUCCCAACGGCCAGGUCAUCUACCAGCUGCUCCACCUGCCCCGAGGGGGCUACGUCAGACUGGAGGACCCUUCCACUGGUAAGAUUGUAGCCAACCAGACGGUGGAUUUCGAGCAGGUGCAGUGGCUGAAUUUCACCAUUCGGGCCCGGGACCAUGGCACUCCUCCCAGGAUAGCUGAGCUGCCAGUUUAUCUGCGCAUAGUGGACGUUAAUGACAAUAACCCUGUUUUCCUACAACCCUCCUAUCAGGAGCCUGUGUUCGAGAACGAGAACCUGGGCACCACCAUAGUUCGUGUCAGCGCUACAGACGCUGACUCUGGCCUCUUUGCUGUGAUUGAGUACAGCCUGGUAGACGGGGAAGGCAAGUUUGCCAUGAAACCUUCCACUGGAGAGAUCUACAUCCUUUCUCCUCUGGACCGAGAGACAAAGGAUCACUACACUCUAACCGCUGUUGCCCGUGACAACCCCGGCGGCAGCUCCAACAAGAGACGAGAGAACUCUGUCCAGGUCCUGGUCACAGUUCUCGAUGUCAACGAUUAUCGUCCCCGCUUUACGGAGCGAGUGUUCAACACCAGCGUGUUUGAGAACGAGCCCAGUGGAACGUCUGUGAUCACAGUGAGGGCUACUGACCUGGAUGAAGGAGAAAAUGGAGCGGUGCUCUACAACAUGCUGGGUGCACAUUCAGAUGCUUUCUCCCUGGAUCCAAACACAGGGCUGGUACGUUCUCGCCGCCUGCUUCAGUCUUCUGAACGUUUCAACCUGACUGUGGUGGCUACAGAUCAGGGGCGUCCUCCCCUGUGGGGCACUGCAGACCUGAUCAUUACAGUCAUAGACGUCAAUGACAACAGACCAGUGUUUGUCCGGCCCGCCAAUGGAACCAUCAUUCACAUCUCAGAGGAGCAGCCCCCAGGCCUGCCGGUGUAUGAGGUGCAUGCAACAGACUCUGACGAGGGGCUGAACGGAGAGGUCCGCUAUGGCUUCCUGCAGACUGGAGCGGGUAACAGAGACUGGGAAAACUUCCACAUCGACGCCAUGUCUGGAGUAAUCACAACUACUUUGAGACUGGACCGAGAAAAGCAGGGCCUCCACAGCCUUAUCAUUGUGGCCCGCGACAUGGGCCAGCCAGUGCCUUACGAGACCACACAGCCUCUGCAGGUGGCGCUGUUGGACGUCGACGACAAUGAACCCGUCUUCCUUAAACCACCGCGUGGCAGCCUGCCUUAUCAGAAGCUGACAGUGCCUGAGCAUUCCCAUCCAGGUACUGUGGUGGGGAACGUAACCAGAGCUGUGGAUGCAGAUGACGGCACCAAUGCAAUCGUCUACUACUUUAUUGCAGGAGGAAACAGUGAUGGAAACUUUGGCUUGAGUUUAGAUGGAGAGCUGAAGUUGCACAAGGAUCUGGACCGAGAGGAGAUCCCGGUCUACUCCAUCAUCAUCAAGGCUUCCAGCAACCGGAGCUGGACUCCUCCCCGGGGUCAGAGGGCAGCACGGGCCAAAGCCCUGGACCCCGCCCGUGACCCCAGCCUGCUGGAAGUCUACAUUGAACUGGAAGACAUCAAUGACCAGAAACCACGCUUCACUAAGGCGGAGUACACUGCAGGAGUUGCAGCAAAUGCCAAAGUGGGCUCAGAUCUGAUCAAGGUCGUGGCUUUAGAUAAUGACAUCGGCAACAACAGCUUGGUUCAAUACCAUAUUGUUACAAUCCGCUACUUCCAGUCACAGAGCAAUGGCAGUGAGGACGUUGGCAGCAUCUUCACCAUCGGUUUGACAGAUGGUAUCAUCCGAACAUACGACCUCUUCACGUCCUACAAUCCAGGCUAUUUUCAACUCGAGAUUUUGGCGUGUGAUUUUGCUGGACACAGCACAACCACCAACGUGAACAUCUACAUUCUCCGAGAUGACCAGAGGGUCAAGAUAGUCUUCAAUGAGAUCCCCGAUUUGGUCCGCGAAAACCAGGAAGAAUUCGUCAACUUGCUGUCCAACAUUACUGGAGCCAUUGUCAACUUAGAUGACAUACAGUUCCAUGUGGACAAGAAGGGCAGGGUCAGUUAUGCUCAGACAGACAUGCUCAUCCACGUUGUCAACAAUCAGACCAACACCAUCCUAGAUGUUGAAAGGGUUAUUCAGAUGAUAGAUGAAAACAAGGAGCAGCUGAGAAACCUGUUCCGGAAAUACACAGUUGUGGACGUUCAGCCCGCCAUCAGUGACAAACUGCCCGACGACAUCACCACACUACAGCUAGUUAUCAUCAUCCUGGCUGUGCUGCUGUGCUUGGCGGGAAUUUUGUUUGUCACAAUGAACUGGCAUUACCGCAGAGUACACCAGAGGAAGCUGAAAGCCAUCGUUGCGGGAUCAACAGGGAACCAGGGUCUAAUGGAUAUCCUGGACAUGCCCAACACUAACAAGUACUCUUUUGAGGGGGCUAAUCCCGUGUGGCUAGACCCAUUCUGUCGCAACCUGGAGCUGGCUGCUCAGGCUGACCACGAGGACGACCUGCCUGAGAACCUGAGUGAGAUAACUGACCUGUGGAACAGCCCUGCACGCACUCAUGGCACAUUUGGUCGAGAGCCUCAAGCGAAGCCUGAGGACGAUCGUUACUUGAGGGCAGCCAUUCAGGAGUACGACAACAUCGCUAAACUGGGCCAGAUCAUGAGGGAAGGUCCCAUCAAGGGUUCCCUGCUCAAUGUGGUCCUGGACGACUACCUGAGGCUGAAAAAGCUCUUUGCAGCACGACUCGUCACAGUAUCCACCAGCCAGGGGGAUCAAUCAUCAGUCACUGAGCUGAUCCAGAGCGAUCUGGACGAUGAUGAGGACGAGCGUCUGGGCAUGGGUCGCGGCACACUGCGCUUCAAGCACAAGCUUCCUGUGGAGUUGAAGGGUCCCGAAGGUGUGCACGUGGUCCACGGAAGCACGGGUACCCUCCUGACCGCUGACCUCAACAGCCUGCCAGAGGACGACCAGCGGGCCCUGGCACGUUCUCUAGAGGCGCUGAACGCUGACGGGGGGCUCUAUUCAGAGCGCAACGCCCGCACGGAGUCGGCCAAGUCCACCCCGAUGCACCGCCACAAGGACGGGGACACCCUGUCGGAGAGUCCCCUGGAGAUCACAGAGUUAUGACUAGCCGAGGCCUCGCUGGUCUGAGCUCAAGCAUGACUCGUGUGUGUCCUUGUGCCUCCACACCGCCACCCUGCUAUGGCCUAGGAGGACUGGAGGAGGAGUGUGUGUAGUCUAGGGAAUCUCAUAAGCCAACCUCAGUGCAUCAGUGAGACAGCCUGCAAGAGGACUAACUCACCAUUGGGUUGGAUUGAAUGGGUCUUAUGUUGAAGGUGGUCCCACGUUAGGUGCUUCAAGAGAAGAAAAUGACCUUUAGGAAAUGGAAAAGCAAAAGCAGGGCACUUUUCUUCAGCGAGACAAAACCAACCGAGGUCAUCGACUUACAUCCAAAGAGCUGAGUGGAGAGGAGAGACUAAGCCUCCCUGUGGGAGAAGCUUGUUGAAGCGUGACCUUAUAAUCGUCAAAAGGUGCCUCAUUCUCACUAAUCCUUUUGAAGUCAUACCUGGACUGCAUACACUACCACAAAAACAAAUACACACUCAAAAAAAAGAAAGAAGUUACACACACUCAGACCAGCGGAUGGCCAUCAAUGGGACAAUGAGAAAAUGUUCACGCUCUGAUAUUUUUUCUUUUUGCAACACAAUGCAAUCAGUGUUGAAGGAGUGAGAAUGGGACAGUAAGAAUUUUCUAUUUCAGAUGUUCGUUUCGUUGUUGGGAAAUUAUAGAUGGAUAUUUAAUGCAUACAAGGGCACUUAAAAUAUUUUCCCCAGUGACGCUCAUACCAAGUUCAAAAGGGGCCUUUGCCGUUGUGCAAUUGUUAAAGUAUCGUAGUAGUUUGAUAAAAGUGAUUUCUUUGGAUCAAUGGCAAAAAGACAAAACACUCCAGUCUGCAGGACAGCGGUGAAUAUUCAGACCCUCGUCCCUGCUCUUCCUCUUUAGCGUGGGCUGACUCUUCAUUCAAAACUGAAGGAUUCACAAAUGAUGAAGAUGAUGGAAGAAGGAUCAAACAUUGUCCGACUGGAGCCACAUGAAGGAAAAAAAAUGGAAUCUUUUAUGAUAACUUUGAUAUAAAUAUACAUAAUAAAGACUUGGUAAGGACUUAUAGAUGGAAUUUUAAAAAAGUAUGAAUUAUCCAAUUUUUAUAAACAUAAAGAUGGCAUUGUGCCCAGAGACUUUACACUGCCACCUGAAGGACUCAGAGUCAUGCUCAAAAUGAGCAAUGUUUGCUUUAUUUUUUUAUUUUAUAGAAAAUGUGAUGGAAGAAAUAAUAUUUUUGAAGAAAAAAUGCUGGCUUACCAAAACAGGUAGGAAAUACUUCUGGAUGUUUGGAGUAUGUGUAUAUUGUGCUAUAGUGACAUGUUGUUCUGUUUUCUGUUAUGACUGCUGUUUCUGAUGAGUGGUGUGUUUAAGAUUAAUUUUUUAUAUUACCAUUUCUUUGUCAUUCUUGUCCUGAGAUCUGUGUUGGGAAAUGUUGGAUGAUCUGUGAUAAUAAAAGAAAUAUGCAACGG